AUGUCGGAGACGGCCCCCGAAGCGCCCGCUCCCGCCGCGCCGGCCGCCAAGGCGCCGGCCAAGAAGGCCAAGAAGGCGGCGGCGGCGGCGGCGGCCUCCAAGCCGCGCAAGGCGUCGUGCCCCAGCGUGACCGAGCUGCUGACCAAGGCGGUGGCCGCCUCCAAGGAGCGCCACGGCGUGUCCCUGGCGGCGCUCAAGAAGGCGCUGGCGGCCGCCGGCUACGACGUGGACAAGAACAACAGCCGCAUCAAGCUGGGCCUCAAGAGCCUCGUGGGCAAAGGCACGCUGCUGCAGACCAAGGGCACCGGCGCCUCGGGCUCCUUCAAGCUCAACAAGAAGCAGGCCGACGGCGCCAAGGACAAGGGCGCCGCCGCCGCCGCCGCCAAGAAGAAGCCCGCCGCCGCCGCCGCCAAGGCCAAGAAGCCGGCCGCCAAGAAGCCCUCCGCCGCCGCCGCCAAGAAGGCCAAGAAGCCGGCCGCCAAGAAGAGCCCCAAGAAAGCGGCCGCCAAGAAGCCCGCCGCCAAGAAAGCGGCCGCCGCCAAGAGCCCCAAGAAAGCCAAGCCCGCCGCCAAGCCCAAGAAGGCCGCCAAGAGCCCGGCCAAGCCCAAGGCGGUCAAGGCCAAGCCCAAAGCCAAGCCCAAGACGCCCAAGGCCAAAGUGGCCAAGCCCAAGAAGGCCGCGCCCAAGAAGAAGUGA